GAUGGAUUAGGCGUGAAGUUGCCUGGUAUAUAGUUCUCAAAUUGGAGAACGGUAUAUAAGUCUUGGUAGAAUUUGAAUCCCUGGCAUUCAAUGAAUGAAUUGUAGCUGAGAUCUUUUAGGUUUUCUCCAUCGAUUUGAUCAGAGCUCUGUAUCCACCAGUUGAACAUGGCGUCUAAACUUUUCUGGACCAUCACGGUGUUCGUCUUCGUCGCGGCUCUCGCUGCCGCGUUGCCACUCGACGACGAGACAGAUGACGAGGAGUUCGAAAUGGUGCUAAAUCUCCUUGAAAAACGGACUAACGAACUCGACUUCGAAGCAGAUGACGAUCUCCUGAACGAGACGGAAGACGUGGAGAAAAGGGGGAGAGGCCAGGGAAGGGGACAGGGUAGAGGACGUUUCGUGCGUUGCAUCCACCGGGUAUCCGGCCAUAGCUGCAUCUGUGACUUGAGAAAGAAUAGGAAUAACCCAAGGUUCUACAGGGUCUGUGGCGGGCAAAAUCUAAAUCAGAUCUAAAAAAAAUCAUUUGUAAUGUUCAAUAUCUACAACGGGACGAUGCCUUGAAGUCUACCCAGGAGAUGCUGCACUGAGAGUCUGGUUGUCAUGGAAACACAUUGAUGAGUUUCCUUCUAAUGAAAUAUUUCUAACAACUGAAAUUCAAUUUUAAGGAAUGUUUUUUCAACUCUUUGUUGUUUUUUGUGCAUAUUCAUAAAAAUGUAUUUAUCAAUCGCCAGUCAAAGAAAACAUUAAAGUUCAAUUUCAUGGAAAGGGCGAAAGA